CCGACAACCAGAAACUCCACUUCCGUCACUACACUUUUUGUUUUCCAACAGCUGCCCUGCCUGCGUGUGUGUCUGUCUGACCAACUUGGCGAUAAACCAACAUUCUUCGCUUUUCCUUCAUCGAUAUCUAUUAUUGUCAGCUCCUCCACUUGUACUAAAACUUAUCAACGAAUGACAGGAAGCUAUUUGCUCUGGUCAUCGCAUUCAUUGUAAGGCCAAACCACCAACGGCAAGCAAAUAAUUUGCUUGCCCGUGCUGUCGAACAAAAGCGCGACGAUUCGACGACACGCUCGAUAAGCUUCCAGUUCCGAUCAGCGUUCGGUAGACCUUCGUCUUCAGCAAUAUUUCGUCGCCUACCAAACCCGGGAGUUACAAGAAUUGCCCGCACACGUUCCGUCACCCUCUCGAAGCUGUUUGAUCGAUUCCAAUUUCGUCGCCAUGUCGGACGUCGAGAACGUUGAUUAUCUCCAGCCGGGCUUCGACCCUCGGUCGCUGACCGUCCCGCGCCUGCGCUCGAUCCUCGUCACCCACCAGGUGCCAUAUCCCAGCACAGCAAAGAAGAGCCAGCUCGUCGACUUGUUCAACGAGCAUGUGGUGCCUCUGUCCAAGAAGUAUCUAGCGAGCCGCACUGCUAAGAGGUCCAGCAAAGGUAUUGUCGAUGCUGACACGCAGAGCUCGGCGAGCACCGACUUCCACCAGGAGCUGCCGCCUCCUUCUCGAAGCACCCGUCGCUCGCGAUCGCCCCGCAAGGUAUCGAGGGUCAAACUGGAGGAGGAUGUCCAGGAAAGCCACGCGCCUGUGACGCCGGCAGCUGCUCGUGGGACCACAAGCCAAAGGGUAUCCCGCUCUGCAGCAUCACAUGUAUCUCAUGCGCCGAGUGUUUCCGACACAGAUGAUACGGGCCACGAGGCAGAGACGUCUUUUCAAGAAACGUCCUAUCAAGAAACGCCAUCUACGCUCGGUAGGAACUUGCAUACGACGCCGGCUGUUAAGCACGAAUCCGACGACGAUUUCUUCAAGCGAACCCCCGCGACUGCGAGCGUAUUCACGAAUGACAACCCCUUCCAGGCCGGAAGUCCUGCGGCACCUCCUUCGACCAUGAAGACUCCGAGCCAUCGUCGCAAAACGAGCGCGUUGGAUUCUACUUACACCAGAACCCCUUCUACUGUCGCUUCGCGAAGACGAACAGAUGGCCCGCAAUACGAGGAGCUAGAGACGCCCGACACGACAUCAUCGAUCAGGAGUUACGAGCCCAGCUCGACGUCUACGGUCAGGACAUACCAACUGCCUUUUGGAAAGCACUCGAUGCCCAAGACCCCGAGGUCACCCGAAUACUCUGAAAUGUCCAUGAUGUCCAAUUUUGCGGACUCCUCGUAUAUCGUGGACUCAUCAUAUGUCGAAACGGGAGAAGAGUUCACUCCAGACGAGCAGUUGGCUUUAAUGCAAGAGGAGAUAGACAAUCCUGCUCUGGCUGUGCAAAGAAACAAGCAAGUUAGCCGUAGGGAAAGAAGUCCUUUGACCACUCCAUUGUGGGUCCUCCUCACCACUCUCUUAGUCGCUUACGCGGGCUGGUACCGACAAGAGAAGAUCGCGGUCGGGUACUGUGGUCUUGGACGCGAAUCGCGCCAGCUUGUCGGACGAAGUAUCAAAUUGCCUGACUGGGCGACAGAAGUAACCGACAAGAUUGGCCUCCACGAUUUUGAGGUCCCUGAAUGGGCCGGACCGUUCCUCGAACCCGACUGCGAACCGUGCCCUCCGCAUGCCUACUGCUACGAAGCUUUCAUUGCCCGCUGCGAGCCUGGCUUUGUUCUCAAGCCUCACCCGCUCGCUCUCGGAGGUCUUAUUCCUUUGCCGCCUACUUGCGAGCCCGACGGCGAGAAGGCACGCAAGGUUCAAGCGGUUGCCAACAAGGCCGUUGAGGAGCUGCGAGAUCGUAGAGCCAAGUACGAGUGUGGCGAGCCUUUGGAGCCCGAGGGUAAGCCUUUGGAGAGCCCUGCGAUCGACGAGCAAGAGCUUAAGGAGUCUCUGAGCAAGAAGCGGAGCAAGCGGAUGGCAGCCGAGGAGUUUGAGGAACUUUGGGCCGCGGCCUUGGGAGAAGUCAAGGCUCGGGAUGAGGUUGAGGUCCACGUAACGGACUCCUACUACGAACCGGUUGCUUCCGAACCAUUAGAAAAAGAGAUACCUCCGGCUUUCCAACCACCAAGCUAUCGUCCAGCUCUCUCGCUCGCCUUCCGUACACCUGCGCGCUCCGCCGAUCCGUCAAGCUUGGACUGGCUCGACAUCGACUCAGCAUUGGUGGAGUGAUCCUAUUCCUUCUCUCCCUCAUCUACGGCCGCAACGCCUACCGCACGCACCGCGCCGUCGCCCGCCAGAUCCCCGGUCUGGUCGACCAGGUUCUCGACCGCCUGGCUCUCCAGAAGGAAAUCGCCUUCGAGUCGGAAGGUGAUGAUGAUGCCUUUCUGUUCUUGCCCAACCUGCGCGACGACGUGCUCCGGUCCGUGCACCGCCUCGCCGAGCGCGAGCGUGUGUGGAAGAAGGUCGCGGCUGUCGUGGAGCAGAACAGCAACGUGCGCACGGGCCAGCGCGAGAGCAGCAGCGGUGAGAUCGCCCGCGCAUGGGAGUGGAUCGGCCCCAGCAGGCCUGGGAUCACGGGCGGCGAGGCUAGGAGGCGUUUGAAGUCCAACAAUAGUUACAGAGUUUCUUGGGGCCCGGAUGUCAAGACUGAGGCUGAGGUGGAGGAGGAGCAGCAGCAGCAACAGCAGGUGGUGAAGGGGGAGGAGGAUCAGCAGAAGUAUGAGACUCCUACUCAUCCGCCUGCGAGGGCCGGCGGUAGUAGGUUUGGUUUCAGGAAAUGGACUGAAGGGAGGCCGAUUUACUAGAUGGCUCAUGUCAUGUCCGUCCUUCUUACCAGAUACGGAAGGCACAAACGGUUCAGUUAUAUUUGUACAUAUGCUUGAUUCUUGUUUAUCCACCUGUACAUUUUUUUCCCUGGGCUUUUCUGUUUCUUUUCGGUACUAUGGUCGUCGUCUUGUGUGUUCAUAGACCGUCUUGGUUGUCGACUGUUAGGGAGGAGUCUAGGGACAAGAAAGCAACCUGGAAGUUAAAUGUGAGGAGCAAAUUAAACUGUUUACCUCAAAACUGUCUGAAGACUUCGUU